UAUUUAUAUAUUAUUAAAUUAAUAUAUUAUUAAAUUCUAUUACAGCGUAACUGAUAAAUCCACUAAAAAUGCUCAAAUAAGAAACCCUGUUAUUAUUCUUUUAAAAAAAUGUAAUUUACAAAAAAAAAAAUUGAAAAACAAAACAUUCUUUCAAUUCUCCAGAAAUAACGACACGUUUAUUGAUGUAGUUUUACAUAGUUAAUUUAACACUAUAGCUUUGUUGAGAAAAAAUACUCAAACUCCUGCAGAAGCGUUCAUUUCAUGGAAACUUCGUGUAUUGUAAUGAGGUUAAUUAGGCGCCAGAGACUUAGUUACAGCGUGUACAGUGACCUGACGUAGGCAGGAAGCUUGAUUGUGGUAGAAAAAUAACCCUAUACGAGAAUUCUCCAUGUAGCCUGCGCUUAAGGUUUAACUCACAUAGGAAUACAACGUUUAACUGAAAACUACUCAGCCUCAUAAUAGACUUAAGUAUGUUUCAUUAUUGGCUAGCUUUUUGCGCCUAUGAUAUGUAUUUAAUGCUUUAAGCUGUAGCAAAGAAAAACCUGCAGAGGAAAGCGUAUGGCCUGUGAGGGGAGAAAAACUGUUAUAAAGUGUUAUAAAAAACGAUUCAUAAUUCACUAGAUAGUCUUAUUCAGAUCAUUGAGCUGCAAAGUUUCUGUGAUGUGGUGCUGUUUAAAAUGCGUUUUGGUGAGCAGCGAUCGUAGGGUGCUUACGUGUCCUAUAAAAUGUCUCGUAAAAGAAGGCUUCCAAAUACAUUUUGUAUCGUUUUGGAUAACCGAGAGGGGAUUGGAACGGCAGCAAGUGCCAAUAAGAAGGAGCCCGGUGUCAUUUAUUUUAUUCAUUCAUAUUUUUCAUCUCGCAUAGUGGUUCCUGCUCAAAUCUUGAUAAUUCUUAAAAAGUCGAAGUUGUUAUAGGAGAGAGGGUGAGUAUUUAAUGACCGUAGGGAUUGAUUUAUCCUUUAUUGUUCAGCCUUAUGAUCACGUGUGUCUGCUACCCAAUGGCAUGGCAGCCUGUCUCCCCAUUACUUUCCCACUGUAGUUCUCCGUGGAGCGAAGUUGCUACUUGAUUUCUCCACAUUGUUAUUUUGUGAGGCUGGGUUUACUGCGUGUGUAUGUGUGUGUGUGUGUGGUGUGUGUGCGCGUCUCGCUUUUGCAUGCAUCCGCUGUAUGACUGUGUACAUGUGAAAGUGUAAUUUUUCUGCCAUGUCGACAUCUGGAACGCUCACUAGUUACUACGUCGAUUCCCUCAUUCUCCCCGAGAGCGAGGAGCUCUCUGUGCCGAGGUACACCUCCGGUCCUGGGCUCCAGCACGCCAGGCAGCAUGCCUCCAUCAGCGACCACAGCGAGGUCGGGACUUGCACCUUCCCAUCCAAGCCCCAGGUAUUCGGGCCGUCUUGGAGCCACGUCCCGGCUCAGUUUCCAGCCACCGUCUCCUCUGUGUAUCAUCCCCACUACGGGCAUCCCCAAGGCCCAGUAGGUGGAGAUACAGAUGGCCGGUAUCAAUCCUGGCUUCUGGAGCCCAUGUCCGGUUCCCUGCCGUUGACCGGAUUACCGACGACCCAUCACUACGGGAUCAAACCGGAGGGACUGGGGGCGCGGGCUGAAGGAGGGCUGCCCGGAUCCCACACGGCUCUGCUGCUCUCUGAAUACGCCAAUGGCACCGUGGCGUCAGCAUCACCGGUGGAAAAGGACGAACUCUCCGUCCAGGCAGGGGAUUUGAGCGGAGAGGGGGAAGAGAAACCGGGCCUGGAUCCAAAUAACCCAGUGUCCAACUGGCUCCACGCGAGUGCCACAAGAAAAAAGCGCUGUCCGUACACCAAGCACCAGAUCCUGGAGCUGGAGAAAGAGUUCCUCUUUAACACCUACCUGACCAGAGACCGUAGGUACGAGGUGGCGAGGCUGCUAAACCUCACCGAAAGACAGGUUAAAAUUUGGUUUCAGAACCGCAGGAUGAAGAUGAAGAAGUUCAAUAAAGACGGCGCACCGAAAGACGAGUGACUGAACCUUAGACAAAAGCAGCAUUAGACUGAUAGCGAGCUUGAUGUGUAAGAGCUCUUAACUCUGCUGGACCCUGUUUUUAAACAACAUUGUGAUAUUGUUCUUAAUAACAGCUAUAGGGUUAUUUGUCUUGUAAAAAACAAACAAACAAACAAACAAACAAACAAAAAAACAGCAUGUUGGGCUUUAGUUUUUUGCAACUACCAUUAUAUUGCACAGUUUUAACAGUGCACCCUCGUUUUUUUUUAACUUGUUCUUUUCUCGUGCUGCUUUGAAUUAAUACCUCGUUAAAGUGUAUUAGUUGGCCUUGCCCCUGUGCUUGUUUGUGUACGACUGUUUCUAGCUCUCUGUGUUCCGGAUUGUAGCUAUAUUUGUUGUCUGUCUCAGAGCCAACUGAGCGUAUAGUUUGUAAAAAAAAAAAAGUAUUUUAUUGUUGUUUCUCUCUUACUAUUAGGAUAAGCCUUUGACUGAAUUUGAAUCUAACGUUAGAAACUGUAGGGAAAAACAGAGUAAAAUAGGCGCAUAAAUACAAGGAACCUCCUGAGAACUCUUACGAAAUUUCAGUAUAUAUAUGAUAGGCUAGAAGUUGUAUUACAUAACAUGAUUGACUACCUAUGUCUUUCAACUACCUACAUACCUACAUUGACCUUUGUUUUGCAGUGGUGGAUUGUAAUAGAUUUGUUUGCAUUACUGGAUUCGUGUGACUGAAUUUCAGGGAGUCAUUUUCAAAGAGCGUAAUAUUUGUUAGUGAGUGCAAAUGGAAGAAAACACUGUAGGCUAGCUACUCAUUUUUAAUACCUCGCGGUCGUGCUGACCGUCUGACUUUUGGUUCACAAAUGUAAUUUGUACUUUAUUUAUUGAAUAAAACAAAUUAUA